AUGUGUAUCCGUAGUGUCAUAUGUAUCGAAAAUAGUAAUAACAAAGUUCACAACCAUGACGUAACACUGUAUAUUUAUAUACGAAGCUGUGCAUUUCCGUAGCACAUUAAUACAGAUAAGUGCGGUAACAAGUUUAACUUUCCAUAUAGACGGUAAUUUGUAUCAUAUGAAGCAACAAAGAAUGGCCGUGCACAAAGAUCUACAAUAUGAACGAAAUAGGUGUACGUUUGAUCCUGUGGAAGUUACCUAUUUUCUCGAUGGUAGUCCAGAAAAAACGAAGCAACGCCGUGAUCGAGAACAAUAUUUUUCGGAUGUUCUGGCGUUAAAAGAAGAUAUGUCAAUGAGAUAUAAGAGCCAUAAAGAAGUAUAUGAAGAUUCUCUACGAAUUACCCGAGAUGUUCUUUCCAAAAUUAAAAAAUUACAACUCUCGAGAAUGGAGGAAUAUGAGUUUGUUCUGAGCAUCUUCACGGCAAGACUUGGAUCUGCACUGUUCCAAGAUGGAAAUCCAGUGGUCCUGCAUUAUGCUAUGUUUCUACCCGCUCUUAUGGGACAAGCAAAUUCUGAACAGCAAGCAUAUUGGUUAAACAGAGCUUGGGCUGGCGAUGUUAUAGGAACAUAUGCGCAGACCGAACUAGGCCAUGGAACGUUUCUCAGGGGUUUGGAAACUACUGCAACGUACGAUCCGGAAACGAAAGAGUUUGUUUUGAAUAGUCCAACUUUGACUUCCUACAAAUGGUGGCCAGGCGGGCUGGGUCAGACCGCAAAUCAUGCAAUAGUAGUUGCGCAAUUAUACACCCAGGGAGAAUGUAGGGGAAUUCAUCCGUUUGUUGUACAAUUAAGAGACGUGGAGACACAUGAACCUUUAAAGGACAUUAUAAUUGGUGAGAUUGGUAGAAAGUUAGGAAUGAACACUGCGAACAAUGGAUUUCUCGGAUUUCGUAACUUUAGAAUACCACGGGAGAAUAUGUUGAUGAAAAAUUCUAAGGUGCUGGAAGAUGGAACAUACGUAAAAUCUACAAAUGACAAGUUAACGUAUGGUACGAUGGUGUUCGUCCGAGUAAUGUUGCUGCGGGACCUGCAACACUAUUUAUCCAAAGCCGUUACGAUCGCGGUUCGAUACAGCGUAGUAAGACGUCAGGGUCAAUUAAAUCUGGAACAACCAGAGCUGCAGAUUAUCGAUUACGUUACGCAACAAUACAAAAUUUUUCCUCAUAUUGCCACAUGUUUCGCGAUACACGUUACUGCUAAUUGGGUUUUGGAUAUGUAUUAUACGGUACAAAGUCAAUUGCACCAGGCUAAUUAUGAGAAACUACCGGAGUUGCAUUCAUUGUCAUGUUGCCUAAAAGCAGUUGUAUCUGCAGAUACAGCAGCUGGAAUAGAGCAACUUCGGUUAUCUUGUGGUGGACAUGGAUACAUGACUGUCAGCAAUCUGCCAACACUUUACGGAUUAGCGACCGCAGUUUGUACUUACGAAGGGGAAAACACAGUCCUACUUUUGCAAACAGCUAGGUACCUAGUAAAAUCAUGGAAACAAGCUAUGAAUGGUGAAUCAUUGCCAGAAUCUGUAGAGUAUCUUAACGAAGCAGCAAAAGGAGUAAGGCAUCGUCCUUGGAGUAACGAUUUGGAAUGUCUGAUUGAUGCUUAUAACGCCGUAGCCGCAGGAUCUAUUCGUUUAGCAGCAGAACAUCUGGAUCGCAGAAUACGUGGCGGAGUUCCGAUGGAGGAGGCGUGGAACCAAACGGGCACCGAACUAGCUCAGUGUGCGGAAGCUCACGCUCGAGUCUUCAUGGUAAAAACAUUUGCAAAAGCUGUUAAACAGUUAAACUCGAAGUCUGAAGAAUUUCGUCAAGUAAUGUUUCAACUCUGCGAACUGUAUAUCGUAUAUUGGGCUUUGAGGAACGUUGGUAAUUUUCUUCGGUUUUCUUCUAUGCAGAAAGAGCAUGUGGAGACACUUCAUUCACGCUUGGAAUAUUUGCUGACGACAAUCCGUCGAAAUGCUGUAGGAAUCGUUGACGGUUUCGAUUUCGAUGACCAUAUUCUUUGCUCGGCUUUGGGCGCUUACGAUGGUAACGUUUACGAACGAUUGUUUCAAGAAGCCAUGAAGAGUCCUCUGAACCGUGAAGCUGUGAACAUAUCUUUUGAAAAAUACUUAAAACCAUUUCUUAAGAGUAAUUUAUAGCGUAAUCUUUUUAAAGGAAAUAUUUAAUCAUAAUUAUUAUCUCGUAUUUGUUUUGUGGCGAUUGGAUUGUUUGGGAUAUGUUGCAUUUAGAUGUUAUGGUAAGACGUAUUUUGCAUUUGUUAUUAAAUAAUCGAUUGAAUGGUUUGUUGGGUAUUGAUUUAUAAGAUGUAACAACUGCAAUAUAUCAUAUGAGCGAUACCGAAGAGAGAUAUGCGUGCUCACUUGUCCAUUUUACUGAGAGUUUAUAUUGAACAAGAAAGGAAGGAUCGAACGUAUUUUUGUACCAUUCCUAUUCGCUGUCAUUGUAAAUGUGUAAUUUAUAUAAAGAAGCAUCGCUGUAAUAAUUGUGAAUGAAUGUUUGAUAGAGAAUUUAUAUUUAUAAAAAGCUUCCUGGAAAUAUGCGAUAAUUCUGAGAUGAGAUGUCUUAAAUAUGUUAUGGGAAAUGGUAUUUUCUAUACAGUUUCUAGAAUUAAUAAAAUAAUAUCUUGAACUAGAAAAAUGUAUAUUUUUAUUGUUGAACCUAUAACGCCUCAAAGAAAAUUACAUUUUAGAAUUGAAAGGCUUUGAAACUUACGAUGCUUACGAUGGUAACGUUUACGAAUUGUUCCAAGAUGCCAUGAAGAAUCCUCUUAAUCGUGAAACUGUGAACAUAUCUUUUGAAAAAUACUUAAAACCAUUUCUUAAGAGUAAUUUAUAGUGUAAUCUUUCUACAUUUUUAAAGGAAAAUGUAAAUCGUAGUUAUCUAUAUUGUAUAUCGUAUGUGGUGAUUGAACUUUGAAUAUUUUACAGUUUAAUAUUUUAUAAAUCGAUAUCCCAUAAAUAACAUGAUUGGUCAUUGAAAAAUACAAUUGUAACAUUAUAUCAUAUUAGCAAUAUCGAAAGAAUGUGUACGUGUUCAUUCGCUCAUUUUGCUGCGAGUUCGUAUUUAACAAAAAAGAGAAGAACAAACGUAUUUUUCUAUUAUUUUUAUGGGCUCUCAUUGUAGAUAUUUAAUUUAUAUAAUGGACCAUCGCUGUAAGAAUUUCGAAUGGACGUUUGAUAGAGAUUUUAUUUUUAAGAGAAACGUUUUAGGAUUGUAUGAUCAUUUUCGGAUAAGAUGUUUUAAGUAUGUUGUGAAAAAUGACAUGUUCCAUACAGUUUUUGUAAUUCGCAAAGUGAUAUUUUCAAGUACACAAGUGUCUGUCUUUCUUGUUUAACCUGUAACGCAUCAAAGAAAAUUACAUUUUAAAAUUGAAAGGUUCUCAUACGGCACAGUGUUUAUUUACAGAAUAGGAGCGAUGACAUACAUUAUUGUUCGUUAUACUAACAUAGUGCAAUUAUUGUUAAUUUCUGUUAAUAAUAACGUGUCUGGUUAACUUAAACGCCCACAAUGGAAAUAACGCGAUUUUUUCGCGAAUGAAAUGUAAUUUGUGAGAUUCAUUGGUACCGUUGCGGUACCAUGAUCUACAACUUUGAUCAAUUCGUGUAUGUAUAGCACAUCCAACAAGUAUCAAGUACGUAAUAUUACGAAAUAGAAAUAUUCCAAGAACGUUCAUUUAUUCGCUAUUUUUAUGAGAUAUGAUUAUUGCUCAUAUAAGUAACGGAAUUUCGAAUAUAAAUAAUAGAAUAAACAAAAUUACGAAACAAAUUCUUGGUCAUUAAUCCCUGUUCAUUUUGAAAGUCAACAGAUAAUUAACAUUCGCUAGGCAAUGGCUACAUUUAUCUUAUUAUCUUGUUUAUUUGCACCGACUUGUUGGACAUACUACGUGUAGAUCAUAGGUCCUAGGAACUUCAUGGAUGGACCGAUAGAAUCGUCAUACUCGUGUGUAUACGUAGACCAAGAAUGUAAAACAGUAGAAAAGAAAAAACUAUAAUUUAUUGUUUCACCGGCGAGCGAUUAUUUUUUUUUAAAAACAAAUACAUAUACAUGUAUAUACUUAUAUAUGUGUGCACUGACCACGAGUAUAUAUACACAUAUAUGUAAUAUAUAUUUCAUGGAUCCUCGAGGGCGAUCCAGAAGGGGAGGAGCGGAGGUUAGACAAUACGCAUUCUUAAAAAAUAAUAUUGUUAAUUAUCGUUAUCAUUAAAUAUUAAUUAUAUUCACUUUUAAAAUUAUUAUUCAUUUGUCCACCUGGCCUAUGGGAUUUUUGUCUAGUUUUAGACAGACUUCUCAUUACUAGGAUAGCAUUUUUUUACGGAAUACAUCCUCUUAUAAAAUAAGAUCUCAUUACAAUUAUAUUUCUCGUCGCAUAGAACAUAGACGGCGCAUUUCAAGUAUUAAAUGAGCCACGUGGAAAUGCAACGCGCAUUUUUUACUUUCGUUCCUUUUGUUGUCUAGGGUUCUCGCGUCGAAUAUAAUGUGUUCUUUCAAUCGCGUCUAAAUGCAAGCUUCUGUAAAGACAUUUCUUCGUCAUUCACGAACAGAAUAUUUUUUUCUUUAAUAGAUUAUAUAUCAGUAAACGAUAAAGAUAGAUAAAAAAUGUCUAAUUUUCUUUUUCAAUAAAUUACAUUUUAUUUAUAAAUAUUCACAUUCGUGGAAGGAAGAAACUCAAAAUUUUUGUUCAUUAAAAAAACAACAGUUUCGCGUUUGUUCGCAUCACCGCACGGAGGAUUAAUUACUAUCUAACAAACAAUCCUUUGUCUAUGUUGCGUACGAUUAUUAUUACAAUAAAGAUUAUGAUUCGAUCUCCAGAUUCCUUUUCGUCAGUGCCAGGAGAGGAGAAGAAAUUCUCGAGAGAGAAAUGUCGAAUAGAAAGAGAGGAGAGGAUAAGGGGAAUGAAGAUGUUUCCAAAAGGCGAAGAAACGGAAUAUGUAUCUAAAAAUUGGUAGAACCGGUUCGACGUGGGAAAACACGGAUGGUAUACUUACAAUUAGUUAUUUUGACUAAUUUUGAUAAUAAAAUUACGACGUUUUUAUUAAUACAACAAGGAUAAAUUUCCUUUCAAACGAUUUUCGAAUUAAAGGCAAAGCAUAAAAUUUGUAUAUAUACUGCACGAUUGAUUUUUAGGUACUGCGGUAGUAUUCCACUAAUCUUGGGAGAAAUAGAAGAGAGAAUUAAUUUCCAUUCUAUUUAUUGCAAGUAACUUACCCUAAACACAAUCAUUUUUUUUUUUCCAACACGUUAUCGUAUCGUAACUCUUCAGACAGCUUUCAUGACUUUUGCUUAGAUAUCGAUAUUUAUUUGUGAUCUUUGCUUCUCACAUAACCUGUACAUCGAACAGCCGCUUACUUAGAUAGUUCCGUCUUCCAAGUCGACCCUAUCAAUACACUUAUUCUGUUUUAUUACUACCUGUUACAGUAUCGUGCGUGUAGAGACGUUUAGAUACUUUAUUAUAUAAAUAAACUUAAAAAAUAGCUUCCAGCCAUUUUACAAAUCGAUAAGAUCGAUUUAGAAGCAACGAGCGCCCAUUAUCGAAAUGCGCUAAUCGAUGGAAUUAUCGGAGUCGUCUCAAUGAAAAGAACACGCGAUACCUGAAAACAUAUAAAUCGACGUCGCAAGAAAUAAUUUCCAUGAUUCACGACCAACGUACGACUUUCAUUCGUAUUUUAUUUUCCUUACAAGCAGUUCAAAGAAAAUCGCUUCCAGAGACAUCGGCUAUAAAUACGUCGAUUAAAUUUAAACGCUUCGCCCGUAACGUUCAAUGGUCGUUUCGAAGUGAGACGAGGCAAAGCAUAGAUUAGCAACGAAUUAACUAUGAAAAACAUCCGGGGAAAAAUCGCCAUGGCGAAAAAAGAAAAUUACCAGAGUUAUCGUAGGCAAUUGGUGUUUCUUAUGUAAUUAGUACAUGGCAGUAUCGACAUGAUAUAUUUUAGUUUUAACCCGACACAUCGGACUUUAUAAAAAUGGCGCCCGUGUUCCUCCUACGCAGGUAGAACACAGAUUUAUGGUCAUCUUACUGCUUAAAUAAAACUUUCGCACGUUAAAAAAUAGGAUCCUAAUAAUUUUUUAUUUAUUUACAUGAGAAAAUAGAAAUUUCUCUGUGUUCGCUAUUUUCUUUUUGUCCACUACAAAUUAAUUUCUUUCAUAUUUUCAAUACUUCUGGCGUCAGAUUCUGCUUGUUUUAAACGAUCGUUGCUUUAUUUUAUUUGUAUUGGUCGAUUCGGGCGAUAAUAAAUGCAACGGCUAGUGUACGUAAAAUUCAUAUUAUUAUUGCACAGGGUAUAAUAAUGACAUAACGUUAUAUAUAAGAUAUUAUCAAAGCUGUAACAUCGUAUAUAUAAGAUUAUUUUACCAAGUGUAGAAAUUAUUUGACAUUCAUAUUUCUUCAUCGGAAAGAUUUAACGUCAAUUAAUAUCGCGAUCUAAAAGGUUAGUAAAAGAUAGCGCUAGAUCCUACAAAUUGUUAUCAUUCGAAAGUGGAGGGAACAUGGUGGAACAAUGUAUUCUAAAUGGCGCGAUUAAGAAUUCAGACUAUUAACGCUAUGUUUCAAUAGUAUUAAUAAUAAUAAUAAUAAUAAUAAUAAUAACGUUACAAUGAUAUCGUUUAAUUCGCUAUUUCCUGAAUAAUUCUUUUUGUUUCUUUUCUUUUAACAAUCCUUUUCUCUCAAUCAGAAGCAUAAUCAAAUAUAUCCUCUGGCUAACAAUUUCAUCUAACAAAAUCAUAUAUAAAAUAGACAAUUUUAACGUUAUAGUCUGACGAUUAAAACAUUGAUUGCAUUCUACCUGGAAAGAGGCGAACGAGACGCCGAAAAAAUUUCAAAUAACUGUGGAGAGACAGUUAACGAUUCACAGGAUCACCGGAAGUAUGAAGGAGGGGAAAUUAAAAGGAAAAUGUACAGGAAAGUUAGGAGGUGGAGAUAGGGGAAGAAAGGGGAGUCGCUUGGUCCUACGUGAAAAAGUUAAUAAAUUAUUACAACGUAUUUCGCGAUGCUGAUCGUCCAUAGGAUAAAUACCGCGGAUGAAAAUCUUGGAACAAAUAGA